CGCCACGCGCCGUCACACUGCCACCACCACACCACCACCACCACCGCCGCCGCCGCUGCUGCUGCUGCUGCUGCUGCUGUGCCGCCUCCGCCAUCCCCAUCGGGCAGCUGACGCACGGCCUCUCUCUCUCGCGUCGUUGUUGUGCCACUACUACUCAUACUACUACUACGAUGGGCAUUGUCGCAUCUCUCGUCGUCGUCGUCGUCAUCGUCGUACUCGUCGUCUCGGGCUCAGUUCGUCAUCCUGCUGUCGCUGCUGCUGCUGCAGCUGACCAUGGGCAGGGGUGCUAGGGCAGCAGCAGGAUGGUGGGGCAGCCUCACAGUCACAUCGUCAUCAUCCUCAGCAACAACAACAACAACAACACAACCUCCACCACCAAAACAGCAACAACAACAACAACACCGCUCAAGUGUUAGCUUCCUCCUCCUUCUUCUCCUCCUCCUCCUCCUCCUCCUCCCCGUGGUCCUCCCCCCCUGGGGUCGUCCGAGAGCAACAACAGCCGUUAUUGUUACCAAAACUGACACUGUUAUCACUGCUGCUGCUUUUACUACGACUGCUGCUGCUGCUGCUGUUACUACUACGACCACGACCACCAAUACCACUACUACUACUACCACUAUUACUGCUACAUCUCCCACUACGACCACUACGACUGCUCCAGUGAGUUCCUCGUUCUCGUCCACAUUGCUAUGAUGUUCAUGGCACUCUUUGGCUCCAGCACCGGUUGGCACUGUUGUUCUUGUUGUUGUUAUCUCUCCUCGUGAUUCGGUUGUGGAGAGAAAGAAGGAAAGAGAAAUACUAGAAAGAAAGAGGGAAGGAAGGAAAGUGAGAUAUAGAUGGAAAUAUAGAUACAUAGAGAGACAGACGUGUGUAAAAGGAAACAUAUCAACAGCCAUAAAGUCUCCCGUUACUCUCAUUAUCAUUGUUCUUGACUCGAGAUUGUUGGAGGGAGAGAGAGAGAGAGGAGUGAGAGGCAGUGCCCCUUGUACAUAGUUAUCGGAGUGUCACUCGUGCAGACAACUUCGUCGUCGUCACCGUCGUCGACUUCUUCAAGUCAUUCCCUUAAAGAUCAUUGCGGCCUUUCGUAGUAGCCCUCUUCUGUUACCGAAAUUGCUCCUCGUUCAUUUCCACGGAGACCCGAGAGAGAGAGAGAGAGAGAGAGGGAGAGAGGGAUAUAUCUACACAACCACGGCAAUCCGAAGUAAAGAUUGUCGAGGGAUAGCUGCCGCUGCUGGCUCGCACUCUCUCUCUCUUUCUCGAAACAGCGCCCGCCGUCUGUCUGUCUGUCUGUGUUUGUUUGUUUGCUGACAGCGAGUAUUGUUUUGGUACACCAUUCGCAUCAAUUAUUUCGUCACCCUCGGAGAUCGGUAUAGUGCUUAUUGACAGUGAAGGGAAGAUGAUGUGCGCGUAGUCCUGACCGAGAUUCUGUUCAGUGAAAAAUUGAAAGAUAGAAGAAGUAUAUCUAUAGAAUAUAUUACAUAUAUAUAUUUGUCUGCCCAGUUAAGAAGAAAAAUUCUAGCAGAUAAUAUUUUAAAAGAAGACAUUUUUUCAAUAGAGAUAAUAUAUAAAUUAUAUAUGAAUAUAUAUAUAUUAUAAAUAUAGUCUAUGAAUAGUUAGUUGAUAAAGUUGAUAUAUGAAUAUAUAUAUCUCUUACGUGGCCUGUAUAUCUAAGUGUGUACUUCGUGUGUGGUUAUUUUUUUCUCUCCUGGAACCGAAGAAAGAAGCCGGACGAGGGAGCAGUAGGAAAUUAUUAGAAGCCUCACGGAUGCCUCGAAGUCCAUUGUUGGUUGUUUCCCCCCCUCAAUCAUGAAUUGGUGCAGCUGCAAAUAGUGCCUCACUUCUUAAAAUAAAAAAAAAGUGUAGUGAAGUGUCGUCCUUUGAGUCAAAGGACAGUUAGCUUCCCAUUCAAAAUUUCAGAAGUAGAAAACGUAGAGUAUAUUUAGUUGUCCUUGUUAACCUUGGAUCAGAUUCGAAUGGAAAAGAAUGAAUAGAUCAUUCGAUUAAAAGGAAAAAAACAAAAAGCAAAAACAAAAAACGAGUAGAACCGAAAACAAAUCAGGGUCUCUGUGUGUGCAUGCGUUUUCUAAUUUUAGCUUUAUGGAAUGACCUGUCCCUGAUUUUUUGGGUCAAGAGUUGGACAUUUGAGCCACGAUAACAUCGCGAGGAAUUCCUUCGACCCAAGAUGCUGUUGCUGUUGUUGCUAUCGUGAUGGUGACCGCUAGAGGAGGAAAACCAGGUGUUUUUUAAAUGUUCGUUUAAAAAAAAAAACGUUUCAAAAAACAAAAGGAGGAACAGCAGAGGAGGUAUAAGAAGCGGCGUAGAAGACGGAGCACGUGGAAAAAAAAACGACGUUAUUGAUGAAAGGAAAAUAAGUUACCUAACAAGAGAGAGAGAGAGAGAGAGAGAGAGAGAGAGAGAGAGAGAGAGAGAGAGAGAAGGACUGGAAGCUGCAUCAGCGGCUCCGACGUUGGGAAGACUUGUUGCUCCCGCUCUAGUUCGCUUGCUGGCUCUUUGCAAGCUGAGCGCUUGCUGCUGGUUUUGUGUGUGUGUGUGUGCGUGUGUGUCUGUGUCUGUGUGAGUGUGUUAGUGGUCUAUUUUCGAUCUGGCUGACGAUGUGGCCGUGUUGUUCCUGCGUGCCUGUGUUUGGUUUUCGGGGUUUGUACUACUGUUUUCGCAGUCGAUUUCCUUAGGAAAUAAAAAUCGAUAGACGAGGAGAAGAAGAAGAAGAAGAAGAAGAAGAGUGCUGGGUGAGCUGUUGUCGCCUGGUACCCCUUUGUUGUCUCGUGCGGGUCGCACUUUAUAUUGCGUGUGCGUUUGUGCGUGUGUAUGUGAGAUUUGUGGUUGGUCGUGUGUACGUGUUCGUUGUGGUGGAUUGUCCCUGCGUCCGUCACUGGUGGCGAUUCGCACCGUUUUUACUUUCCCCCUCUAUUUUUCGUGUCCUACUUUGUCGGUUGUUUUAACUUGGCACGAAAGAGUAUAAGUCUCUGAACGCAGGGAAACGUUAGGGAGUAGUACUCUCCGUUGUUGUAAUGACUACCUCUUAGUUACUCGUAGAACUUCUCAAAACUACUGCCGAAGACGACAAAUGUUCUUGACUUCAAUUUGUUUGUAAAUAGAUAGAGGUUUACGGUACAGAUUUUAACUCCAUUUACAGUGAUUCAAAUUGAUUGUGAUUCGUGUUAAAAUUUCUUAAUCCUCGUUACGGGAAAAAGGGUGUUUGUUGAAAUCACAGUUGAUGGUUGACAUUCAGUCAGUACUCAAAUUGUUAUCGUGAAUUCAAGUUUUCUCGUCUCCCUCGUUUCCGGGUAGAUUUUUGUCCCCCAUAGACGCUUGUUGCAAAGGGAGGUUUUCAAAGGUGAAGCAAUUUGAGCGACAGCCUUGAUUUAAUUUUGUUUUCCAUCAAGUUAGAUUUUCAGUUGUUUGCUGCUCUGGACACCAGAAUAAUUGUUGUACGUUUUAGUGGAGAGACUGUGAUGGAACACUGAUAGCCAGCUUAUAUCACACUAGUGAGAGAGAGAGAGAGAGAGAGAGAGAGAGGGAGAGAGAGAGAGAGAGAGAGAGAGAUAUAUAUAUUUUCUUUUCAAAGGCCGAACACGACGGAGGAAAAGAAGAAGAGAAAGAGUUAUCGAUGGAACUGAGAGUCGAGAGAUCCUUCACGUCGAUUUGGUAGCAGAGCGAGAGCUCGACAUAGAGAGAGAGAGAGAGAGAGAGAGAGAGAGAGAGAGAGAGAGAGAGAGAGAGAGAGAGAGAGUCUUGUCGAAAGUUAUUUUUUGACAGCGAGUUUUGGUGUGGUUUGUUGUGGUAAAAAAAACAAAGAAAAUAAAAAGGAAAAAGAAAUCAUAAGAAGAUAAAGACUAUAUACAAAAGAGCCAGUGCGGUGGCUUGGUGGUGCUCUUAUCAUCGAACUAUUGACCUGACAUCAAAGGAAACAGAUAGGCGAAGCAAAAAGAAUCGCCAUUAAAAAAGCAAUAAAUAAAUAAGAAGAGAAAGAGGACCUUCUUUUGGUGGUUUGGCAGUGACGACGCUUUAAGGCGCUCGGAUCUCGAAAGCGGACAAAAAAAAUAAAAAAAAGUUUGUAUUCGUUUGUGUGAAGGUGUUUUUUUUUUUUUGCUUGGAAAAAAUAAAAAGUUGGGAAUCCCGUGGAAAAAAAGAAGACAUUCCCUACUGCCUGUCUCUCUCCACGUCAAUAUAAUAUAUCAAGAUAGCGAUAUAGAUUAGUAUACAUAUAUAAAUAUAUAAAUAUAUAUAUUGAGUGUUUUUGAUCUCGCCAAAUGCAAGUUUUAAGCUUCUCCGUUGAUGUUGUGUUUUAAGUGGUGUUUUCAUAAAGCAAAAGAUUAUUCAGCAAAUUGUUAGAAAGAGGAAAUACAUUAAUGAAUGUUAAAGAGAACUGUAUGCUCAAGGACUUUCGGCUGUUUACAUGCUUUGGACAGUUAAACGAUUACAGGCCUAGUCCUAAUGCUUGUGUCCCUAUUGCGCUCAACUGAAGAGCGUUAGUUGUAGUUGAUUGCUCAUAAUUAAUCAUUCAUCAUGAAGAAAAGCAAGUUGUUUAGCAGGCUUUUGAGGGGUAGCUCAGGGGGUAGCACUAAAGGCCCAUCUGGCGGUGGUCCCCCCGAGUUAGGAGAAGCUGGUGUUGCUCCUAAUCCUGUGGUGGCAGCUCGAAGCUCUAGUGGUCGCCGUCGAGAGACAGUGUCGGUGAGUGCUCCCACAUCCACGACUACAGCGAGAGAUCCGUCUUUAUUCCAUCAACAGAGUGGUCAGGCACCACCAAGAGCCGGUGUGGAGCGGUCUUCGUCGUGGAAGUAUACGCAUGACCACACACCUGACUCCUUUAGUAUCAAUAGUUCGCCAUCAAUAUUAGAUGGUCGAAGUGGCACAGGAUCUCAUAGAGGGGCUGAUGAAGGACAGACAAUUGAGAAGAGCCAAAGUUGGAGUGGUGAUAGACUUUUAGACUGUGCCACUGAUUCUGGCUCAAGUAGAGGUGGUACAAAUAAUAGCAGUCGUGCAGGAAGUGGCAGUCGGGCUGGUAGUCGCACAGGUACCAGUAGCCGUUCUUCUCGGGAGAGAGGUGUUAUGGGUGGACCUCCUAGCCUUCCAGCAAGUAGUCGAGCUGGUAGCCGUGCAGGAAGUGCCACUGCCAGUCGUGCAGGUAGUGACAGAGGUGAUUCUACUCCAAGCAGUGUGUACGAUCAUCCUGUUGACAAUUCACGUGGUGUUUCGCAGACUGAUGCUGAUGGCUAUGAGAAUGUGGAACUACCAUCACCUCAGAGGGAUAGGGAUAGUGGAGACAGCAGCAGUGAUCAAGGUAGUCAUCAACAUGGAUCACGACUCAGUGUUAAAAGCAGUGGGCGAAGGUCACGCCGACCUAGCCCACGUAGGCAAGGUAUUCUUACGAAGUCUCAACAAGAGUCAACAGAAAGCCGUGGUACGCGAGGUAGUGUACGUGGCAACGUGCCAAGCAUCUCGCUUAGUACAUCCAGCCCAGUGCCACCUCCUAAAGCCUCUGUUAGUCGAUCUCCAUCAAGAAAGUCUCGCCGUUCUCCAAGUAGGUCGCCAAACCGACCUCCCAGCCGCUCACCAAGUCGCUCUGAUAGCCGGAGAAGGGAUAGUCAGAAGACAAGCAGUCGAUCACCUAGCAGGGCUCCUAGUAGGUCUCCUAGCCGGGGACCAGGUGGUUCUCCAGUCAGAGCACUAAGUAGAUCACCAUCUCGUUUGCAAAGUAGAGCCUCAUCGGCCAUUGACCCUUGGACUCGUAUGCCUGGCGUACAGGAACCCGCACAAAUUCAAAUUAAUGGGGAGGCACAUCUUGGAGCUGGGACUAGAAGCAUGUCAUAUGAGGAAGGUAGAAUGGGGGCUCGUAGCCCUGGUCCUCCACCGCUGUGGAAAGCACGUUCAUGGCAACAGUACAGCAUAAACAACAGUACGCCACAGAGUGAACGAGCACGACAACUGGCUAAGAGUCGGUCGUGGCAACAACAACAUGGGAGCUCUAUAGGCCCAGGCCAGUCUGUGGACAUAGUUCUGAACCGCUCUCGUCAACAUCACAUCACUCGUCAAGAAGCAUUACAGCCUACGCCAACUGCCGCCAUGGGUAAGAGCCGUUCAUGGCAGCAGAGCCAUGAAGCUGAACCUCUGCCUGGCCCUCUCCCACGAACCUACACAGUCUCUGAAAAGAGAGGGCGGCGUUCUUCAGUACGUCUGGCGCCCCCCUCCCCUACUCGCCCCAGCCCGCCCUCCUACUCUCACUCCCCUGCCAGAUCCCCGCUAGCUGCCCUACCGCCCCAGUCUCAUCCUUCAGUCACGACACACGCAUCCAUACAUGACAGCCGACACAUACAUCACCCUCCUAUGCGCAGUCAGGCUAGUAUAGGUGGCUAUGGAGCUCCUCCUUCGGCCAGCCAUACCCCGCAUCUCACUGAUUAUGUAGAAUUGCGAAAUUACGAAGCCAUGGAACGUCAACAACAACAGCAGCAAGAGUACGUAGAUUUGCGUCAAUAUCGAGCCGACCAAGUGCGCCCUCCUCGAGACCCUCACUGGCGGGAAAGAUUCUAUCCACCUGCUGCAUUUACACACCUUAAACAGUUGCAACAACAACAGCUACAACAACAGCUUCAGCAUCAACAGUUCCAACAGCAAUUGCAACAGCAGGCUAUUCGACUGAAGCAACAGAGGCAACUGCAGCACCAGAAGAGUAUGAUGCAGCAAGGUGGUUAUGACAGUCAGUACGGAUCACCUCAACGAAUGGACGGCGAGUACGCAUCCCUUCAGGAAGUGCGGGAUGGCAUGGUAAGAAGCGAUUCUGUUCGAGAGACCAUCAUCCAGAACGGUGCCAUAAGGGAAGGCAUCUUGCGAAAUGGUUCCGUACGCAACGGAGUAGUUCGGGAAGGCUCUAUGCGAGAGGCCUUCGUGCGGGAAGGGUCAGUGCACCGGGAGGGAUCCGUGAGAGGGGACAGCACCGUCAGAUAUCGCCCUCCCCCCUUGAGCAAGCCGCAGGGCGGCUCCCACCACGGCAAACCGGUGAAGUCUUCGUCGCUCAUGACCUCUCAAGAGUUGCUCAACACCCUCAAAAGGCAGUUAGCACUGUCCUCUCCGACGCACACUUCACGCAGCAAGAGCCUGGAGGCAGGACGGGCGGCCAUGGCGGUUUUGGGCACGGAGGGUGAGCGUGAGGAGGAAGGAAAAAGGGCGGUGGUGGGUGAGGAGGGCGGCGAGGCAGGCCGCCUUUCCCCCGCCCUGAUGGCCCUGGUGGCGGAGAAGCGGGCGCGCCUGAAGAGGUCGACAGGCGCGUUCACAGGUAGCGGCGGGGGACGCGUGCCAGUGUUGCGACAGUUCACCGCCCCACCAGCGAGAUGUUCCUUGGCGGGGCUGACGAGCGACAGUGAGUGCGACGACAAGAAGAGUUCCGCGUCGUCUACAGGCGGCGACCGCCCCUUCCCGUCGGCCUCCCCGCAACCGCAAGGCGCCGUCGUCAGCACGCACGACUACAACAUGGAGCAAAGCAACGUGGCGCUUCUGAAGGCGGAGCUCAAGAUCGUGACCACAGAUCGCGACAUCAUGAAGAAGGAGCUGAAGAAGGUCACUCGCGAGCGAGACGAGGCUCUCAAAGGGUUAACGGCGCACCAGCAAGAUCAACCUGCUAAUUAUGCCUUUCCUUUUCCAGGAACGUUAACAAAACAUAGUUCUUCAAGUGACAAGAGUUUAUCAAUGUCUCGUGAUUACGAAUCACUGAAGAUGCAGUGUGAAAAAGCCAUGGCCGAGGUUCAAGGACUCCUUAAGCAAAAUGUAGAUAUAACUAGGAAAUAUGAAAAUACGCUGAAGGAAGUCGAUUAUUAUAAAAAGCAAGAGCGUGCAGCUUAUACUGCUUUGCAAAACUUAAGAAUGCAGUAUGAGGAGGUUGUAGCUGAAAAGCAGAAAUUGGAGCGAGAAGUAACUUCGUUGCAAACGAUCAUGGAAGACGAUCGUAAAGAGAUCGCUGACCUUCGGCGGCAACAGCAGAAGUUUAGGUUCCCGCUCAAAAGACAGGAGGCUAUGUCUCAGGAGGGCUCAGGAGAGGCCAUCAACCAGCUUUACAUGACUACCAUGCGCAAGUAUGAAGCCAUCAAAGAUGAAUAUGAUUCAAUCAGAAAGAGGUAUUCAGAUUUAGUUGCCUCACAUUCCAACAACAUCUCCAAAUUGGAACUCACACAGGAAGAAGUGUCUCGCCUUAAAAAACAGUAUGAGGAAAUAUUGAGAGAAUGUAAUGAAGCUGUGAGAGAAAAGAAUUGUCUAAAACAGCAGUGCACCAAAGCCAUUACUGAGUGGGACUCGGCCCUCAGGGAAAAAAACAAAUUGCAAGAAGAGUUAUUGAAGAUUCGAGAGAAGUACGAUGAGAUGAUGAAAGAAAUGAACACUCAUCUAAUGCAGAGGCAACAUCUAAAUAAGGAUCUGAAGAGAUUACAGGAGGAACGGAAUGCUGCAAUGCAAGAGUACACGCUUGUGAUGAGUGAACGUGACACCGUCCAUAAGGAGAUGGACAAACUGCAGGAGGAACUAACUCAGGCCAGUAAAAAGAUCAAGACUAUUGAACAGACCACAAAUGACUCAAGCAAAGAGCGGGAAUCUCUUCUGCUUCAAAUUGAGAUGCUUAAGAGAGAAAUUGCAGCUUCACUUCAUGAUAGAGAUAAAGCUAUAAAAGAAUGCAAUGAUCUUCGAGAGCGGUUUGGUGCUAAGGAAGAUACCAAUAAAGAGUGGGAAAGAUCAUAUAAAGACUAUGACUACAAGCAAGAAAGGGAAAUGACAAUGAAGGAAGGUGGUCCAAACUUGGGGUCUAGCUCACACGAUAUGUUUUCUAAAGCGCAAAAGGAGCGUCUAGAUAACUUAGAUCAAGCUAAUCAAGAAAUUGACAGGUUAAGAAAAACUAUAGAGAAGUUGCAGAAUGAGUUACAAGAGGCACAGCAAGAAGCUGAGGUUUCCAAAAGACGCCGGGACUGGGCUUUCAAUGAAAGGGACAAGAUUGUUCAAGAAAGAGAAAGUAUUCGCGCGCACUGUGAUAAACUGAGGAGAGAACGAGAUCGAGCUGUAUCAGAACUGGCAGAAGCUUUAAGGGACUCUGAUGACAUGAAGAAGCAGCGUAAUGAAGCAUCUAAGGAACUAAAAGAAUUAAAGGAACGUUUGGAAGCAGAGCAGGAGAAGGCAGCUGUUGUACGUCAGUUGGCAGCACAUAAUCACUCUCGAGAUUCGGCAAUAGACACAGAUAUGCAAGAGUGGGAAAUUGAAACUCUCCAUAUGCCUAUUGCUAUAGAGUCUGAACGUGAUGUUGGGUUUACUGUUGUCGGGGGCCGUGAUGAUCCACACUAUGGGGGAAGUGAUGGAGCCAUUUAUGUUACUAGCAUUACCAAAGAUGGACCUUUUGAAGGGAAACUCAGGUUACAUGACCAAAUAGUUAGGCUAAAUGGUUUAGAGUGCCAGGGAAUGGAGCGUGCAAGUGUCUAUGAAGCAGUGAUGGGUGGAGGGGGAUGGAUACAAAUGACAGUCAGGAGAAGACGUAGUGGUGGUAGACUAGCAACAGCACACCUCCAUUGUCCACAUACUGCUCACCAUGGUCUAACUUUGCGUACUGGAGUUUAUAUCGCAAAUAUCCUUCCGGGAAGUCCAGCAGCAAGAGAAGGGAACUUAGCAGUUGGAGACAGAGUGCUUAAUAUUAAUGGGAAACCAGUAGAUAACAUAGGCAGCUGUGAAGAAGCUCAAUGUUUAUUAGAUGCAGCUGGAGAAGUGGUGCAGCUUACAACUCUCAAGUCUCAUGGGUCAUCAUCUCUUUCUGCACCUCUUAGUUCUUCAUCCAGUGGCCAUAAUAUUACUGAAGAUGAUAAGUCUACUUCAUCUUCAAGACCUUACUCCUCACCUACAUCUCCAUCUAAAGACUCUGGUGUUUGUUCAGGCCGAUCUGGCAGCAGAGAGUUAGCCAACAAAAAAUUAAUGAUAGGUUCAGGAGGAGGGUGCCACAGUGAAGAAGGAACAGGUGGUAAAAGAUAUGGGAGCAGUGAAAAAGUGGUGUAUAAUGUCAAUAAGGCAACAGGAGAAAAUCGCUCAAAGCCCCUUGAUCUCUUUAUGAAUAUGGUGAGGCCAAAUAGGCACAGUAAGGAAAGGGGGGAUUGUCAUAAUGAAACUAGAGAUAAAGAAGACAAAAAGAAGUUAGAUCAUGAGGCAGAAAGGGCUAUAGCUGAUUUAGAUAUUGUUAAUAAUUCAUACCAUCAUAAGAGUGGGAGUAAUGGGGGUACCAGUACAACAAAGAGAACUAAAAAGCGAGAUAAAGAUAAAUCAGGAGGUACCUGGCCUAAAUAUAGAGGUGGUGGGCUUAGUUCUUACGAUGCCAACUCUGGAACAACUUUGUACACGCAACGCAGAAGUAGACCUCCACUGUCUGUCUUUUUACCAUCUCCAAAUCCUUUAUCAUAUCCUCAUGAAGAAAAGCCUUAUGACCCUUACAUACAUGAAAAACACCUUGGUUCUAGAUCAAGUUCUAGUCCGCAUAGCACCCCAACUAGCCCUCGCAAUCAGCAGUUACCAUUAUAUAAAAGCCUUGAUGUUGGUCCUAAGUCAUCAUCAUACAGUAGCACGGGACAGGUUUAUUCCGGUCAGCAGUCAUCUAGUGGUAUGUAUCCUAGUCAAGAAGUAUAUUCUAGUACAGGACCUCGUAAUCCAUCCUUGGACAGAAAGAGCGAGGAAUCUGAAAGAGAACGAGGAGAUCGUUUAAGUUCUCUCACACCCUCUGAUACUUCCUUAGACUUUUCUGUAAGAUCAGGAAAUGUUGGCAAGGAAGAAUUAGAAUAUUAUUCUAAAAAAAAUAUUUUAAAGUAUACUCAAAGUGAUAGUGAGAGUAACAUGAGCCCUGUAGACCCAAAUCCUCCUCAGUCACUCAGUUUACCACCGGGUUACGGAACACGUCCCUCUCUUCAUCAUGGAGGAGAGCGUAUUCCUUCCCAUUCCCGAAUCCCUCACCCACAUGCUGGGCUUUAUUCUCCUCCUAAUCCAGUAAGAUCUCCUCCUUCCUUUGCGCCGUAUACGCCAGUAUCGCAUAUAUCUUUAACUCACACACACGCUUACCCACAUAGCAGUAUGGGCUCUUCUUCAUUGGCAGUUUCUCCAAGAUAUUCUUCACCUCCUACAAUUUCACAGGGUCAUUUUUUACAGUCAUCUAGGAGUGGGGACAGCAUCUUGUCUUCACCUGGAUUAGAAAGAGAUUUGAGGGAAAGAGCUUAUUAUGAAAACAGGCAAGCAUCAUCCCCAACUCCUGUAGGAAUGAUGGGCACAUUAGGCAGUGGUGGUUUUUACCAUUCUCCUUCUCCAUCUUUAGAAGUACCUGGUCACCAUAAACCACGCACAUUACAACACCUCCAUCCCUACCGUCCACCUUCAGAUGAACCCUCUCCUUUGCCAAUUCAUUCAGGGCCUCCUUCAUACCAUGAUUAUCAACGUUCCAUGGGUACCAUGCCACGCAAGAAAGAAAAUGAACGUAUUAGAAUACCAAGUAACACAAGUGUGGCCAGUAAGAGUAGUUGUGGUAAAGGAGGGAACAUUGAAAGAUCUUCUGAAAGGGGAUCGCCCACUUCCCCCAACUAUGGCAGUGAUAUUCUAGGCACUGGCAGCGGAGUUGGCCGAGGACCUCAACAUGUUACUCAAAUUACACACUCUGUACACAGCCCCCAUUACCAAGAGUACUCAUGGCAAAGAAAUCGCCCACAGCCUGGAGAUGUGAGAAAUAUAUACAUUGAAAAGUCCUCGGAACCAUUAGGCAUUCAGAUUAGAUGUCUGGAAGUGGGAGGUGUAUAUGUUUCAUCAGUAACUGUCAAUUCCCUGGCAUCACAGGUUGGUCUUUGUGUUGGUGAUCAAUUGCUGGAGGUAUGUGGCAUCAACAUGAGAUCUGCAACUAAACAGUCAGCUUCCACAGUACUUUCUCAGUGUGGCACAUCUGUCACCAUGUUGGUCCAAUAUAAUCCAGAUAAGUAUCACGAGGCAGAAGGUUGGGAAGGUAGCAGUAGUGGUAGUAGUGUUGGUGGAUCUCGGUCGGGAACUCCAACCCCUCGUAACUCUCCAAAGGCCUCCUCACACGAUGCCUCGCAUCCUGUAGAUGAUGACGAUGAUGACGACUUGCCUCCUUCAACAACAUCAACACUAAGAGGACCAUUAGACAUGCGUGAUACUUUGGAGCAUUCUCAUGACCAUUCCCUUCCACCGUCAGCAAGAUCUACUCUAACUCGUCCUGAAAUUGCUCAUGUUAUGAAUUCAUUAAAAAGACAAGAAACUUUUUCUAGGCGAAGUGAAAGUGCUGUUGGCGGUGUUGGUAGCGUAGGAGGUGUGAAUAGCUCAAGUGGUGCUGGUGGGGCAAGUAGCAGCAUUGGAAAUACUAGUGACGAUGCAAGGCUAGUGUACUUGGAGCUUAACAAGUCUCAUAAUUUGGGCAUCCAAAUGGUUGGUGGCAAUGCUCUAGGUAUUUUUGUCCAUUCCGUUCCUGCUGACUCUCCUGCUGCUAAAGCUGGUUUACGACCUGGAGAUCAAAUAUUGGAAUACAACAAAGUCGAUCUUCGCCAUGCUACUGCAGAACAGGCUGCUUUAGAGCUUGCCAAACCAGCAGAUAAUGUUACAAUGCUUGUUCGCUAUGAUUACCAAAGAUAUGAAGAAAUUCAAGAUAAACCUGGUGAUAGCUUUUACAUUCGUGCAUUGUUUGAUCGACUUGGUGAUGGUGGAGAUUCAACAGAGCUUCGAUUUCGCAAGGAUGACAUUUUGUAUGUAGAUGAUACAAUGUUCAACCAUGUCCGAGGCCUCUGGCAUGCUUGGAUUGUUGAUGAGGAUGGUCACAAGAGACAGAGGGGCACAGUUCCUAGUAAAGACAAAGUUGAAGAGGAAAUGCGGCUUCAUCGUAGUAGUGGAGACCUUCAAAUGGAUUCUAGUCGUAGAGGUUCGACCUCUACUAGGCGAUCUUUUUUUAAACGCAAAAAACACUUUCGUUCUUCUUCAAGAGAAUUGGCAAGUUUUAUAGAUUCUUCUUUAACUUUCACUGAAGCUGCACCAAUGCAUGAAGAGCCUUCACUUUCGUACAUCAGGGUGGAACGGCUUGAUUAUCUAGUGCGACGUCCUGUGGUAAUGGUUGGCCCUUUAUGGGAAUUGGUAUGUGAUAAGCUGGUUCAUGAUUACUCUCUCAAGUUCACUAAAUGUGUGCCAGAAAUUAGUCGAUGUUCCAUUGAAGAAAUGGAAGAGGCUGUCCAAAACAACAUUGUUGUCGAUUAUCGACGACGAGGAUCACACUUUGAAGUAACUACUGUUAAUCAAGUUAAGGAAAUCUGUGACAAGAAUUACCAUGGUAUUUUGGACAUCAGUCUUUCUUCAGUGGAGCGGUUGCAUCAGCAUAAUAUAUACCCCAUUGUUUUGCUGCUCAAGUACAGACAUCACAAACAGAUUCGUGAAGUUUGUGAUUCCCAUCACCCGUCCGCAGAAAGAAUUUCCCAAAAAGAAGCCAAAGAAAUGUAUGAACUUUCUAUUAAAAUAGAGCAAGAAUACAAGCAUGUUAUAUCAGCUGUGAUUCCUGCUGCUGUUAACAUGCCCUACAUCAGCACUCAAGUCAAGUCACACGUAGAUCAAGAACAAUCCAAGACACUCUGGGUCCCAUCAGGAAGUCUUUAGUGAUUAUGAAAGUAACAUGAAAAUAAGUUUUUCAUUCAGUCAAAACUUUCAAGUAAAAUUCAUGUAUAAACAUAAAAGGCAAUACUUCAAAAACAUUCAUUGGAGCUUAUUUUAGUGUUACUUUGAAUACUUCCCAGGGAACAUCUCGUGUUCUUGUUGUUUUCUUUACCUUUAUUGCAGAAAUUCCACUUUAAUAAAAAUGUUAAAUUAUCUUGUAAAGUUAAUUUAAUGUAAUCAGUAAAAAUAUAGUAUUAUUUUUGUUGUUGUGACAUAUGAUUUUAUAUACUGUAUAUUUUUUGUUAUUGGACCAAACCCCACAAGUACAAAAUAUCACCCAGAAUGGUUAUAUUUGUGCUGUUGAUCUUUGUUUCAAAGAAAUCAUGUUAAAAGCGUUAUGUGAAUAUGUAUUUAGGUGUCAACCUUUUAGAAAGGUACCAGAGGGAAAGAGCAGUAUGUUAAUCACAUACUUGGAUACCAUUAUUUGUAGAUUGCUCGUGUAGAGGCUACAUGGUGAUUGGUCUGAGUGUAACACCAAUUAUUCAAAUCUCUAUAGGUCAUGUUGAUGACCAAGAGCAUGGACUUAUUUAUUGAUAAUAAAAAUAUGGCCCUGAAGUGUAAAAAUAGUUUCCUGAAAGUGAAAACAAAAUGAGCACGAUGCUGCUUAUAGUCUGAAGAUGGCAGGUGUCUUCCCCUUAUACCAAAGAGAUUUCUUGAGUAGGCAAUGGAGAUGGGCAGCUAGAGUGCAAAGAUAAGCUGAGCUGCUGCUGCUGCUUUACAUGUAGCCUCCUGCUGUGAUGGCAUCAUCGUCGAAUUGACAAUAUUCCUUCUCACUUGUGCCUUAAUGGAGCUGGUGAGUGGCCUGUAUAUUUUUGGGGAUUGCCUGAUGGCAAGUGCAAAUGUUAUUGGGUUGGUGUUGGCCUCUCCUGAUCUCAGGUAACAAACUGACCUGGCUCUUAUUAUUAUUACCUUAUGUGAGACACUUUCAUACAAUGAUGAAAAAAAAUUAACAUAUCUAAUGUUGGCAGUUAUACUGCAUGAGGUGCAUCAACAAAAUUUUUAGAAUUUGAAAUUGAAAUCUGUGAUUUCAUGAUCACUGGUAAUUGUAGGUACCCUUGUGUCUUCCUUGUAGAGAAUUUACAGCCUGUUAAGUUCCCUAGAAGUGUUUUGAAUGUAAAUUUGAAAAGCUGUAUUUAAACUAAAGUUCAACUUGAAUCUUUUUACUUCCAUUUUGGUGCAUCAGUAGAGGUUAAUUGCCAAUAGCUGUUAUGUAAAAUCUUUUCAAUAGUAUUUUUUAAAGAUGCUAAACAUUACAUGUAAAUCCAGUUGAUUUCAAUUGUAUAUUUAUAUUUAGAACAAAAGAGAAUAGUAUUACCUUAUGACAUGCACUAACCUUAUGAUGUUAAGUGUUGUUUUCUUUUUUUGAACCAUGAAUUGAUGUCUUAAGGUUUUUUAAGAUUUAAACAAUUUAAUUUAAUCCAGCAACACUUAUUACACUUCUUGGGCUGUCCCCAUUUACUGUCUUUCAUACUGGUACUGUACUCAAGACUACACAAGAAUGAUUUUAUUGGUGGGCAUUUGAAGCCCAGUUCAAUGCCAUCAUGCCUGAUGUAUUUAAUUCUUGACAAAACUUUCCUUUUCCAAAAUAAAAAAAAAAACAUUGCAUUGCCUGGAUUACAACGAUUUAAUAUAUUCUGUUAAAUGAGGCUUACUAGGAGUGGUUUAUAUUUUGUAUGUACACUAUGUUAUUAGUCUUGUAUAUUACUGUAAAAUAUUUACAGAUUUGAUUAAGAAGACUAUAUAUUAUGUUAAUUGUACUUUAUACAAAACUACUGUGAGCAAUAACAGUGGAGAGAAAAUGAUUAAAUGUUUUAUUAUAA